CUCCUCUUGUCAAACCGAAGUUCGAAUCGUUUCUAUAUUACUCCGUCAUUAGAGGGAAAAGGGGACGUGAUUGUCCUUACUGGAGGACGACUUCAACGUCACUCUUGGAAUAAGUAGCGAAGUAGCACUACUCGAGGUGGUUGUCUCCCGAACUUGCGUCAACGCGCAAUAGUCCAAAAUGUAUCAAAUGCCAGAAUCAGAACCUGAAACAGAGAGCACACCUAGUGAGCAGCAGAUCGCUGACGCUCAUGCUUUGCUUGUCCGCUAUCCGUUUGUGUCAGCCACUCCGAUAUCUCAUGUCGCGAGGCAUUUGGAUCAUAUGUCUUCCACAGCACCGAUCCCUUCCGUUGCUCAACCCCAUCUCUUCCCCGGAAACCACAUUUCUAUGGCUAACCCACCUCCUUAUGCUCAUCUCCCUCCGGUCCUAGACGCGCUGACACCACCCGAAGGUCCAGCACGCGAACUCUGGGACUCUCAAAGAGGAGUCGCUAUAAAUGCCCUGGAGGAAGAAUCGAGGACUAUUCCUUUUGAUGCUUGGUCUCAUCCCAUACCACCUCGUCAUGCACCGUUGAAUGCCGAUACAAAGUGGCAGAAGUCUGCUUAUCAAUCAUCUGCCCUUGCAACGACAAUUUUACGGUCUGUGCAUCGCCAUCGAAGUGCGCCUAUGCUACCUUCUGGCCUGUUACCACCCCCCUCGUCUCUUGCGAAUGCUCUCGGCAAUGAAGCCCAUUCAUCUCAGCAACACCAAUUUGUCCCUUCCAACCGCCCCUUCCACCCGUCGCAAUCUUUGGCUUUUUUUGAUGAGUUUUUAGAGAAGACCCUUGGGUCGCAAGCGAACCCCUCACUUCGACCUUCAUCCGAAUCUCGCCCUACAACCGACUUCAAUAACCAGCUUCAGUCCGAUCUUUUGAGAGGACCCCUAGAACGGUUACGCACCCCUGUCAGAACCCCACCAGCAAUUGAAACCCCCAAUAACAAGCCUGCGGAGUUGACUCCUCGCCCCCCUCUUCCCCAAGAAUCACCAGAUCCCCUCUCACUUGUUCCGGGUGCCUCGAAGGAGACUAACGGUGCUGCCAUAACGCCAACUCGUCCCGCCAAACGCAAAGCUGACUCUGCAUUUCCCACGUCCCGUGUUUCAGUCGUGAUCACUCAACUACCCCCUGGCAGCAGCAGCCGCCCAGGAAGUUUGAGCUCAAAGGGCUCUUCAACGACCCUUAGCUUUAUAGGAGGGAAGGAUUCAUUGUCUCCUUCGGUGAAAAAGGCGGAUCGUGCCGCAUAUACAGAUAUAGAUGAGGCCACUCCAUGGACCUCACGAAUUACCGCUCGAGACACACCUGGAAGGAGCAAAAAAACUCUGAAACUUGAAAGAGACGCCAAAGUACCACUCCAGAAGUUUAUGAGUUAUCUUGAAGAAAUCUUUGAAGCUGAAGAUUCUCUACCUCUCGAUGCUGAUAAAGAUCAUCGUCUUUCCCCUGCUGUUGCUGCUCAUUUUUCUCACCUAAUGACGUCUUUCUCCGAGCCACUUUUGCAUUCAAAUUCGAUGCAGAGGCUCGUUUACCUCCUCAAUCAACUUGCGCAUCCUUCGAAACGCUCGCGGGUACAUCAGCACUCCUCGCAGGCUAGGUCCGAGCCCAUUGUUCGAUUGUCGCAAGUUGAUGCCGCAUCCUUGCAGAGAUUACUCAGGAUGCUCGGGAGAACGGUUGAAUUGGGAUCUGGUGAGCAACGCGAGUUCGCCCCCUUCGACUGGAAGCCCCUCGAGAACAGUGCUGCGACAACUCAGAAAACCCCGCAGAAAUCGCCGAAGAAACGCAAGAAGGAGCAGACUAUUGCCUCGUCCAAUGGAAAGAAUACCAAUGACAACGGCCGAUCUAGUCGAAGCCGAAGUCGUAGUCGUUCCAAAACGAGGGAGCCUGAUAAACAGCUUGGAGGGGACAAUGUAUCAAUCCCUGACUCAAAACUUCAAGGAGUGCCUGACAUUCUUCCAAUUGAUGAGGCGGCAAAGUUCGACAGGGAGCUGGACAUUGCGUCGGAAUGCGCACUUGCUGUGGAAUGCUGUUUAUCCCUUCUCACCGCGGAUGCUCUUCCGAAACAGGUUUACUCAGAAGAACUAAUUUCGAGCUGUAUGAUGGCUAUCAAGAAUUUGCUAACUUACUGGAUCUAUCCAUUUGUGGAGGCUACUAGUGAGAUUCAGGGAACUCAAGGUCCUGUCCUUAGUCAUAUAGUCAGGUCCCUGUCACAUGAGGCUAUCGCCAGACGAAAUCGACUCGGAAACGUGUUUCGCACUGUCUCAUCCAUAUUUCCUCGCAUUGAUGCACUUUUGGGCAUGGGCAAGCCAUCGAAUGCGCAUAUGAUUACUAUGUCGGAUUCCAUAGUCAUCAUGGCUGCUUAUAUCUCUAUUGGCCCAUUCUUUGUGGUUGAGCCGGGUACCGUGCAGUCGAAGGCGAAAGACAAAGUCAGGGAAAAGGUAAUCUUAGGUGUUCAGAACGUUCUCGGCGGUGAGGCAGGUUUCCGAGCGCUUCGGCUUUCAGCGCUUUCCGUGAUCAGAACCAUCUUUGAAGGUGCCCCUGGGCAAAGAGAUUGGAUCGUGGAAGAGAUACUAACUUCCCUGCUGAAGUUGCCCGAUAUAAAUCGCAAGGCCGGGCAGUUCAAGCUUCGUGAUGGGCAAUCGAUACAUACCAUUUCGGCUUUGCUGCUCCAACUGAUACAAACAUCUGCAUGCGAUGUGGGGGUUCAUGCACGUCGAAUUCGGUCGGAAAGAAGGAAACUCAUGGCCCAGCUUGGCGGUGUCACGCAAAAGAUGCCCCCUAGUUACUGGGCGGAGGUUGAAGAGGAGGAGCUCAAACUAUCCCGGUCAGCCUUGGACUCUCCAUCUAAGGUUGCAAAGACUGUGGUGUUGUAUCUCAAACAGCGAGCUGGGAGCAGCAAGGCUAGCAAGAACUCUAACGAAGCAGAUUAUCGGGCAAUCUUGGACAACCUAAUCUCGGAUAUAUUGCGGGUUUUGCAUUGGUCCGAAUGGCCAGGUGCAUCAUUACUGCUAAUGGUGUUCUGCAGAGUUUUUACUCAAAUACUUGAGGACGUCAAAUCAUCCGCUGGUGCCGACUUGAGCAGCCUUAAGUCCAUCGCCUUGGACAACCUUGGACAGAUUGCGGCACGCCUUCGCGAGUCGCAACUGCGAGUGGCCCGUACACCUGCGGGUCGCGGUGAAGGAAAAUAUGAUUUGGACAACCUCAUCCGUGACUCAAAUGUUUCAGGUUUAGAGACACUUAUAUCAGCUCACGAAGAAAUAUUGUCAGUUCUUACUGGCCUAUCAACGAAGGAGGAUGCUGGGUUAUUCGAGAGUGCUCGCGUACUGAGCACCACGAUCUGGUUUUCCGAGCUAGGGAAUGCAUUUCAGCGUUGUGACAGUAUUAUCAGCCAAAUGGCCAAUGAAGGCAAAGAAGCGGCGUCUGAGAAGGCUCAGUUUCAAGCAUUCGCCGACCGCAUCAAAAGGACGUUGCAGCAUUGUUGGGACGAGCCGAACGUUGACGUUUUUGGUCCCACGCCAGAGCUUGCCGCCACAGACGUACUAACAGAACGCGUCGGAACCAGUCAGCUACUGCGUAAUGGCUUUCAUCUGAUGCUAGGGGCCAUUCUUGCAUCCUUGGAUGCGCCAGCUGUUUUCAUGAGGACGAAAGCUUUGCGGGCCCUGGGCCAGAUCGUUGUCGUAGACAACCAGGUUCUGCGUGAUUCUAAUGUAAAAAGAGCUAUCGAGAACCACUUACGUGAUAGCUCGUCAGCUGUCCGAGAGGCUGCCGUCGAACUGAUUGGGAAAUACCUGACUACCGUCCCCGAGGUUGCAAGUGAAUACUUUAGCCAGAUCUUAGAGAGGAUAGCGGAUACUGGACUGGGAGUACGCAAGAGGGUUAUCAAGCUUCUCAGAAAUAUGUAUUUUGUUGAGGCAUCACUUGAACGGCGUAUCAAUAUCUGCUACCGUCUAAUAAUGCGUGCUCUGGAUGAAGAUGAGACUGUUAAAGAUCUUUCCAUAAAAACCAUUUCCGAGCUAUGGUUCGGCGGUCAGGAAGUGUUGAACGCACCAAGCGGAGGGAAUAGUUCUAUCUAUAGCUUAAAUACGAAAGUUACAGUUGUCAUGAGUGUUUGCACUAAGUUUUCCUCCGGCCUCCACUCUCCAUUGGAAAUAAUUUUGACCCAGCUCACAAAGGAUGCCGAAGGGACUAGCGAGUCCCCUGUUCUUUCUCAAUUUAGUCAGAUUUGCGAUCUGCUCAUAGACGCUCUGGUCGAUGCUAACCUGAUACCAGGAUUUAGCAUAGCCAACUGUAUUCGGACACUAUUUGUUUUUACUUCCGCAUAUCCUCGAGUUAUCUCAAGUGCCAAGGCACAAAUAUUGAUCCCCUAUCUGAAAAACCCUUCCAAUCCCGAAGAAUUGGCUAUUUCGGACUACAUUCUCAAGAUUUUCCGUCUAUCCAUUCCGACAUUCCCAAAGACCGCUAUAAAGUUCGGGCAAGAGCUUCAGCCGAUUCUCCAGCCUAUCAUAAAAGGGUCUUCAGGAGGACUGGCAACGCUGCAAGAGGCAGUUGCUUGCCAUUGUGCGACUGUCAAAUUCCUAACGAACGACUAUCGACAGCUUGUCUUCCUAUUAAAGAGUUGCAAUGAAAAGGUGAAAUCAUUGCAAUCUCAAGCCGCCAAUACAUCCCUUCCAGAAACGGUUUUUCGGCAUGUCACCUACUUUGCACAUAUCUUGUCGUCUCUUUGCGAGAACGUCAACUUCGAAGAACUAAGACAAUCUGGUUUUGUACGAGAGUUGGACUUGAUAUCAAAGAACUCGAUUCCUGAGCAUGUCUAUAUGUCACUACUCAGCCUGUAUGAGUCGAUCAAGGAUGAGAGUACACGAAGUCGUCUCAUGAACUGCUUUGGAUCUCUAUUCAGAAGCAAUCCUAGCCUCAUGACAAGCGAAGAAUCAGCUUCACUCAUGGAGACCGUGUUCUCCUCCUCUGACCUUGAAGCGCGAUGCCGCUUGCUGAAAACUAUCCACAGCUUCCUCCUGUCAGAAUCCGCGAAGUUCGAGAGUGAAUUGAAAGCAAACUCGGAGGGCAACAAUUCGAAUGUCAAAAUGGAAGAAUUAGUGGGCAACACUGCUGGCUUUGCUGAAGGAAGCGUAAGCUCAGCCGUUGUUCAGCGUUAUCUUACCCAUGUUCUGGAAGCUGCCAUGACGAUUCAUGCGGCCCUGCAAAACAUAGCAAUUGAUAUCCUUGGCUUCGUAGUGCGUCAAGGUCUUGCUCAUCCAAUACAAUGCAUCCCAACAAUCAUCGCUCUUGAGACCAGCCCUUCGAGUAGUUUGAGUAGCCGUGCACUUGCAUAUCACAAGGUCCUUUAUGACAAGCACGCCACAAUGAUAAAUACACGGUUUAUGGAUUGCGCUAAAAAGACCUUUGAGUACCAGACUCGAUUGCUGGGCUCAAAAUUGUCGGAGGCCGACUCAACUGAGAGCGUUGAUUACCUGCAUGGGCUGCGAGCUGAUCCUGUACCGACGGCUCUCUUUCGUCCGUGGUAUACUCUAGUACGUGAGAAGCGCACGACUAGAGUGGAGUGGUUGAAGUCUUUGGUCAAAUCAAUUGAUGUCGACAUCGAAAUCGGAAGCGGCUACAUGUCUCAAACAGCCUUCGAUUUUCUUCGCUACAUGAUCGAGAAUUUUUCGGCUCUAGACUAUAAGACCCAGGAGGAACUGUUACUGGUCAUUCGACACACUACCGUGGUGCUGUCCGUGACUGGUACGCAAGUUGUGGAUGGAUUUGUUCGAAAACGGCGUGGUGCCCACCAAGCAUCUGAUGGUGCUCCUGUCACCGUUAUCGAAUCAUCAGACAACUCGGUGGUUGAUGAGAUUCCCCUACAACCCGAAUUUUCCCGCACCGCUGCCAGCAUCAUGAUGCUGCUUGUGCUCAAAGCAUACCUCAAGGAGUUGUAUGGUUUAUCGGAGGAGAAGUGCACAAAAUGGUCCUCAGGCAAGAAGAGUGCGAUCGGCGAUAAACCCGCAAUUCGACGUCAUGAAAAUCCAAUAUCCUGGGAGAAAAUACCAUGCGCACUCAAGUCUGCAAUGACCCACGAUGAUGCUGAGCAUCAGUAUUCGCGCCUUCUCGAGAUGUGGGAUCAAGAAGGCGUCUCCCCUGAACCCUUGGAAGACAUUGACUAGCGAUCAGCGCGGUUUGUUGUUAUCCUACCGUAUGAAUGCUUUUUAUUCCUACUUUGUAGACAUACCUACCUUUAUGCUGCCAUACCCUGUUAUUAUGUACCCAGCCAUGUACCCUCCUACCAAUCGUUGUAAUACAUGCCCGCAACUGAUAUGUUGGAAUUAUGCAAUAACAGCC